GCCAUCCCACGCUAAACAGAAUAAUAAAAACACAUCACUACGUUCUUAUAAAGGUCUCUCGUCCUAGCUAGCUACUCCUACAGGUACACGACAUAUCUAUAAUUUAUUCCUACUUGUAUAUAUCACUAUGCCGGCGACCAUGCCUGAUCGACAAACGAUAGGAAAUCAUAACAACCAGUCCGAAGCCUAUCCCAGCAGCAUCCCCGACGCACCAUCGCUACGCAAGCUAGCCCAACCCUACGAGUUAAGAACAGCUAUCGUCCUUUUUAAUGCCUUGACCAACUAGUGGUCCGAGGGAAGCAACCGCGAUCUGCAAGAAAGACAAGUGCAGAAGCUAUAGAACAUAUUCCAAGAUAGCCACCUGCAGAGGCUGAGCGAGGAGCACUAUCUCGUGGUUGCAUGCAGCGCAGAUGUCUUUACGCAAAUGUCGACACACGCUAGAGUAGUUGCUGGUGAUCAUAGCCCCGAUCAUCUGCUUAACUUUUUAAAUUAGACCCAGAUCCAUCCAACAACAAAGCUUGAGCUAUGGGCAGGCCAGCAUCGUACUGAAGUAUUUCGAAAAUAUGUAAAGGCAAUGGGCUUAAGCGAUGAUGAGCUGUGGUGGCCAUGCAAAGUGCUAGAUAUAGGUAAGUAAUGCUGUGAGAUUGACACGAGAGAAAAGAUGGCUAAUAGUAGUAUAUAGAUCAGGUGCCAAAUUUUCUGAAGAUACCGCUUUAGAUAAACCGACGGGAUCUAAGCUUGUCUGACAGCCACGCGCAGGUGUAGUCGCAGCUAGUUCUCGCAGCUAAGCUAGACCGGAUGCUCAUGCAAGUCAGGCGGGAAGACAUAGAGCUGCGCCUGAUAGAGACACUGAAGCUGGGCCGGAAGUCAGGUCUUCCUAUGUGUCGCUUGAUCACGCUAUGGAGGAACGACCGGUGGAGGGAGGUGUUGACGCAGUGGAGCCAGACAGCGCUGGGUGGGGAUAUAUUUAAUAUUUCCUUGUUCGUAUCUAUAGCAGGCCAACGGAUAGACGAGUACUGGACCGCUAGGAUGUACGAUGCCAUGAAGACGCUGCAAGAGAUGCCUGGUAAUUUAGUCGAUAUUAUACGUCUUCGUGACUGGGAUAUGCUGAUUGCGGACCGUUCCAAGUUCGAAUCGCUGGAACGAAUUAAGGAAUUCUUUUACCCUUGUUCUGGAAGCAAAGAGCGCUGCGUGGAGACGGGAAGGCGCACCGGUUUACUUAUCAAGGCGACGGCGGAGCAAUAUUGGGGCAUGAUGGACCAUAUCUGCUUGGCAGGUGUGCUGCAGCUUCCUAAAAUUAGGGCAUUGUUCAAAAUAACAAAGCAAGAGGCUGCGAUUAUUUCCGGAGUGAUGGAGGUUGUAGUGAGCUGGGUAAACCACAGCGCAGCUAAAGUGACUCCGCGAAUAAAUAACAAGCCGUAACUACAAGAGGAUGUGAAGUCCGCGAUCAAAAGCAUCAGCAUGGUACAGGAUACAGCAGAGUUUGAGCAGCAGGCAGAGCGAGACAGCAUACAGCUACAAAACAACAUCAUCAACUACGUACGCAUUCACAUGCCAUUCUUCAAGGAUAAAGGUCGGAUAACACUAGAGCAAAAGUGGUCAAGCGGGACGAGAGCGUAUAAGUCUCUCUUUAUGCAUAGCGCAUGGAGGGAUAUCCUGAUCCUAGUCUAGACCACCCCAGGGUUAGACGAUAUACUACCAUGGACGAUCAAGCAUUCACAGCGCCGUGGCGGUAUACUUUCACAGGAAGAGGUGGAUCGCAUCGAGAGAUCGGCUGUGGACGCGGUACAUUUAAGCUAAAUAGUGCCAGAAGCAGACGCCAGUUGUCUAAGUGUGCCUAAACUAGAGGACCUAUACGCACAAAUCCGUAAUACUAUUCGGGGAAGUGGGCAAAUAAUAUAAACUUGGAGCAAGAGCUGUGGGAGUUGAUAGAUCACAGGGGAGGGGCCAGAAGCAUGGAUGGUGGUGGUGCUCUCUCUCAGCAUCGCGUACCAUCAGCAUUGUCUCUUCAAGAGCAAUACAGGUCAGCCCAACGGCAUAAUGAGACUAAUAGCCAUGUCGAACCUGCAGGCCAAGAGACUCCUAGCGCACAAUAUCAUCCUCGGCGCGAUAUGGCCUACUUGGGUUCAGCAAGAGCGAUAAGAGACGCCAGAGCGGCAAUAAAACGGCAGGACAAACAGCAGGCCCGUAAUAGAGCUGCCAAGCGGGUAAUAGCAGCCAGGAACAGAGACGAGGAUGAUGCGCAGGCAAGCUGUACUUUCUCUCAACAUCGCACACCAUCAGCACCAUUCUAUCAAGAGGACAACGAGACCGACAGCCAGGUCGAACAUACAGGCUAUGAGGCUCCCAGCGCAGAAUCUCAACCUUGGCAAGAUAGUUCCUAUUUGCCUUCGAUGAGACGGGCUAAAGAGGCAUUAAGAGAGGAGCGCAGACAUCAAAUCAAGUUGGCAAAACAAAAGGCCGGUGCCAGCGCUACUAAGCGGCCAGCACCCAGCAAAGCUGUAGGAAGUGGUUCGAAGCGUCGAAGACAGGGGAAGUAGACCAAGAAUAGACAAAAUAGGCAGGACAUCCAAGAAACGGAGGAUGUUGCGACAAACGAAGCGCCACCGUCGACACAGCCGCUCAUAGCACGCGUACAGUCGUCGACAGGCAUGUCAUCUCACAGCACCCCAACGCCCACACCCCCAACACCCAUUGAUGAGCAGAACGUGUCCAAGCCUUGGAGUUCGCCAGUGUCGAUGCCAGAGCACACCUCGCCGCGCAUAAGCCAGCAGGCUUCUAGAACAUCACCAGCACAAUUU